AUGUACAAGAUUUUAGUAUUCGCCGCCGCCGUCGCCCUCGCCAGCGCUCUUCCUCAACACCACGAGCACGGUCACGCCAUCUCAUCGCAGAGCAUCGUGCUGCACGCGUCGCAUGACCAGCACCACGCGCCUGCGCACCACCACCACAACGAACACCACCAGGAUCAACACCAACAUCACCACGUUGACUACUAUGCUCAUCCCAAGUACGCGUACGAAUACAAAGUAGAGGACCCUCACACUGGCGACAAGAAGUACCAGCACGAGACCCGCGACGGCGAUGUGGUGAAGGGCGUGUACAGCCUGCACGAGGCGGACGGUACCAUCAGGAUCGUCGAGUACACCGCUGACAAGCACAGCGGGUUCAACGCGGUGGUGAAGCGCCAGGGUCACGCGCAGCACAUCCAGCCCGCACACCACCAGCAACAUCACUAG